UCCCCAGCAACCAGUAUCUCUUGUACUAACAGAAGCUUCAGGACUCUCACCCGCCUGUCUGCCUCUGCCGUGCCUUCACCCACUGCAUAGCCAUGAGAAGGCAACUCCGCUCCAGAAGGGCUCCGGCCUUUCCUUACGGUUCGCGCCACAGACUUGAUGAUCAGGAUGAAGUGAACCAGAAUUAUUUGGCAGAUGAAGAGGAGGAAGCAGAAGAAGAGGCUCCGGUAAUGGUGGUAUCCAAAUUGGAGGACGAGAAAGACAAGGAGGAGGAGAAAGAAGAGGAAGAAGAGGAGGAAAAAGAGGAAGAAGAGGGUCAGAGUCAGCCAACAGGCAAUGCCUGGUGGCAGAAAUUGCAGGUCAUGAAUGAAUACCUGUGGGAUCCAGAGAGAAGGAUGUCUCUGGCCCGAACAGGUCAGAGUUGGAGCCUGAUCUUAGUCAUUUACUUCCUCUUCUAUGCCUCCCUGGCUGCUGUGAUCACCCUCUUCAUGUACUCACUAUUUCUAACCAUCAGUCCAUACCUGCCGACCUUCACUGAGCGUGUGAAGCCUCCUGGAGUUAUGAUCAGACCCUUCGCCCAUAGCCUUAACUUCAACUUCAACGUUUCUGAACCUGACACUUGGCAGCAUUAUGUGAUUAGCUUAAAUGGCUUUCUCCAGGGUUAUAACGACAGUCUUCAAGAAGAAAUGAAUGUAGAUUGUCCUCCGGGGCAGUACUUUAUCCAAGAUGGCGAUGAGGAUGAGGACAAGAAGGCCUGUCAAUUUAAGCGCUCCUUCCUGAAGAACUGCUCUGGUCUGGAGGAUCCAACUUUUGGAUACUCUACUGGACAGCCCUGCAUCCUCCUAAAGAUGAACCGGAUUGUAGGCUUUCGUCCUGAGCUUGGAGAUCCUGUGAAGGUUUCCUGCAAAGUUCAGAGAGGUGAUGAAAACAACAUCCGAUCCAUCAAUUACUACCCAGAAUCAGCUUCUUUUGAUCUCCGCUACUACCCCUACUAUGGCAAACUGACUCAUGUUAACUACACCUCCCCCUUGGUAGCAAUGCAUUUUACAGACGUGGUGAAGAACCAGGAGGUACCUGUGCAGUGCCAGCUGAAGGGAAAAGGCAUCAUAAAUGAUGUCAUCAAUGAUCGUUUUGUGGGUAGGGUAAUCUUUACCCUGAACAUUGAAACCUAAGAACUUCAGGGGGCUAUUCACUCCAGUUCUGUUUCUGCUUUACUUCAUGUUAUCCCUGGAAGCACCUGAAUUCUUCAAUUAGGACACAGCCAGAUAGAUACCUAAAAUAGCAGAUCAUCUUUCUUUACUUUUGACAUGUGUAUAAAAAUAUAUUGUGGGAGUUGGUUGGGAUUUUUAGAGGUAGUCUCUCCUGAUGACAGACAGAUUAAUUUCCCUUCCCUCUACUUGAAUAUAAAAACCAUUCUUACUGCUAGAAGUCUCACUAAGUGUAAACAUAGUAUUUGAGAAAGUUCACCAAACUCCUGGUCAGGAAAAUUUCUAUAACAAUUAUAAAUUCAUCAUGUUUUCUAAAAUAUUAUUGGUUUUCAACAUGAGAUUCCUUCUAACCAGGUUAUGAUCUCUUUUUUUUUGUUUUGUUUUGACCUGUUCAGAAAGGUCCUUCUUUGAAAAUUACCACUCACACCAACUCAUAGGACUGCUAUACCUAUGAAACUCUAUAUCCAGGGAUAUUUAAGGAACUGGCUGCCUUCCAUAAGCAGCUAAAUAUUGAUUCAAACACUAGGUCAACAUCAAUUGGGAUAGAAAGUAGUGUUAAUGACACAUUGUUCUGAGAUGGAUAUGAAGAUCUUUUCUGUCUUAUCCCCAGCUUUUUCCGAAGGUGGAGUUCACUGCAAUUAGGAAGACCACUUAACAUAUGCAUGGGAUUAGUAUUUGAUUCCUUGCUGUGUUUUAGAAUCAUCCACAAAGGUAAACAUUCCAGCAAAUAGUUUUGUCUCAGCUUCAGGCAGAAGAAAAAACAUAUGAUUUCCACCAGCUAAUUCUUCUUGGGCUAUUUGUUUCACAGUAGUGUGAUAUUUUUUGAGACCAUUACUAUUGGAUGCAUUGACCCUCA